CACCUUUUGGACUAUUGCUGUUAGCCCUUAACGUGGAGUUAUUCAGGAAAAAUCAAAGUCUCGGAAGAGCGGGUCAAGGGGAUGGACUUCACAAACGAGGACGACUUAGAGGAACUGUGUCCUGUCUGUGGGGAUAAGGUUUCCGGCUACCAUUAUGGGCUUCUUACCUGUGAGAGCUGCAAAGGAUUUUUUAAGAGAACGGUUCAAAAUAAUAAAAGAUACACCUGCAGCCAGAAUCAGGACUGUGGGAUAGACAAGACACAGCGGAAACGGUGUCCUUUCUGCCGCUUUCAAAAAUGCCUCAGCGUCGGAAUGAGAUUAGAAGCGGUUCGCGCUGACCGCAUGCGCGGGGGCAGGAAUAAGUUCGGUCCCAUGUACAAACGGGACCGAGCUCUAAAGCAGCAGAAAAGAGCUUUAAUCCGAGCGAAUGCCUUUAAGAUGGAGUCCAACCCACCUCUCGUGCCCUCCACCCAGACGGAGUACCCCUUCCCGGGAUCUCUCCCUGGCCUCCUUCCCCCCUCACUCGCUCCUCCGGACUACGACUGCCCCCCUAUCUGCCCCCCAUCCCUAGGAGUGGCCCUGCAGAGCUACGGCUCCUUCCCAGCUCAGUACCAGUACUCCACCCCAGCCCUGGCCAGUCGCUCCAUUAAGGCGGAGCACCCGGACCCGUAUUCCUGUUCCCCUGACUCGUCUUUGGGGUACCCCUACCCCGAGGGGUGCCUGCCUGCUUCACCACAGACCAGCCCCCUGAACCCGACGGUGCCUUCUCUCGUGCUGGAGCUGCUGAGCUGUGAGCCUGAUGAAGAGCAGGUGAGAGGGAAAAUCUGUGCCUACCUGCAGCAGGAGCAGAGUGGGCGGGGCAAGAUGGACAAGUCCCGCCCCUUCAACUUGCUGUGCAUCAUGGCAGACCAGACAUUGUUUUCCAUUGUUGAAUGGGCAAGAAGUUGCAUCUUCUUCAAAGAGCUGAAGGUGGGAGAUCAGAUGCGACUGCUGCAUAACUGCUGGAGUGAACUCCUGCUUCUUGAUCACAUCUGUAGACAGGUGCAUCAUGGGAGAGAGAGUACUGUGCUACUCAUCACUGGGCAAGAGAUGGAGCUGGCGGACGUGGUGGCAGAGGCGGGGCCGACCUUCUCCAGCCUCGUGCAGAGGGCCCAGGAGCUGGCGUGUCGUCUGCAGCUGUUCCAAGUGGACCGUAGAGAGAUGGCCUGCCUCAAGUUCCUCGUCCUUUUCAACCCUAGCGUGAAGCUGCUGGAGAACCAGGCGUUGGUGGAGAGCGUGCAGGAGCAGGUGAACGGUGUGCUGCUAGAGUACACCCUGAGUGUCUACCCGCAACACCUGGACAGGUUCAGCCAGCUGCUGUUGCGUCUGCCCGAGGUGCGAGCCCUCAGCGCGCAGGCCGAAGACUACCUGAGUUACAAGCACCUGAACGGCGACGUGCCCUGCAACAACCUGCUCAUAGAGAUGCUACAUGCCAAGAGAGCCGUAGUCAUGUGAGCCAGGUGUGUGGGAGGUUGGUGGUGUUGGGGGCUAUUUUCACCCGAGCAGCAAGCACUAGUGUGAGCUGAGCACACGGAACACUACGGAGUAUUUCGAAGUGCUAUUAAUGCCGUAUCUGACGUCAUUCGUGCAUUGUACGUGGCACAGUCUUUACUUUGGGUUUGGACGACGACGAAGGCAAAAUCAUAUUAGCCACUGUGGGUCCUUUUUAUGGUAUUGUUGAAUCACAGUGACAUUGCUGUAACACAAAACACUUUUGUUUCGAACAUUUUUCGCGUCAGAGCUUAAUUCUGGAUUCAGUUUGUCUGAUGUUAAUCUUUUAUUUUUACCAGUUUUGUAUUAUCUAAGUUAUACUUAAGGAGGCCAAAACAAUGAGAAUAGCAGGCAUAACGAGUUGUGAUUGAUUCAGGAAGGUUUGGACUGGGAUUUUCUCACUAUCCAUAUGCUGUGCUUUUCACUAUUCACUCAUUCCCAUUGACGAGCAUCAGCUGUCCUCCUUCCCAGUGAAGGUUUCCCCAUUUGAAACUCGCAGCUGGGAGUUUUGCAGUUCUCGUGUUGCUAACAUAGCACAGAGGUUUCCCAGCCACAGGGACAAAACAUCUGCUUAAAAAAAUGCCAAUAUAACCGAGGUUCCCAUGAGAUGAGGGACACCUUGUGUAAUUUGGGCAUAAAAUAAAAAUAUAAUGACCAGACCCCAAAUAGUCAUUGUUUUUCAGAUGAUUUACCAGCGUGGAUAUGGGGGGGUUUUUCUUUUAGUUCUUGACUGAGAUCUGCUCUCUUCCAGAUAUGACGCCUUUGUUGUCUGCUCACUGAUCAUUUGUGGACCACCUGCAAUUUAUUUUAUUAUUUAUGCUUUUAAAAGAGUGACAGAUACCAAACUCCAAAUAUUUAUAGCCCAAUCAGCAUGGCCUGAGAAUGUUUUUUGGCCUGUUUGAGUUGCCAUAGGUAUAACAACCCUGUAUUUAUACAAGUGUUGAUUCCUUUUUUCUUCUCAAUUCCAUGUAAUUCAUUUAUCUAAAGAUUUGCAUACCUUAUGAAACCUUUAUAUGGGAUUCUAUAAAUACAUCCUGACUGGGACCUUAAUUCAAGUGGAUUUUAGACUAACAUUUGUGUAUUUAUAUGUCGUACUGUGCCAAAAACUCAGUGAUAUUUUCUUAAAUCUGCUAGUGCUUUUCUAUGGAAGACUGCAACUGUGGCUGUUCUGUUCUUUAUACUUUCAGUCCACAUCAGCAUUAUUUAGACAAUGGUUAUCCAAAACUGUUUAAAGGUCAGCCUACAAUGAAUAUACUGAAUACAGAAAUAGUAUUUAUUUAAAUAUUUCAAAUGCAGAGGUAAUACCUUAUAAUACGGAGAUAUUUCAUUUACGUAAAUCUUUGUGCUUGUCCACAUGAUCUGACUGCAAAGUGCUUUAUUUCUUAUCAAAAUGUGAAAUAAAUAAAUCAAAUAAUA